AAGCGACGGUGUCGCAUGGUAUCGAAACCUGCGCAAUGCGUAUUUUUAAGAAGAAUUUGGAAAAUGGGGAAAAUAUGGAAAAUAUUUUUUAUUUUAUUUGAAAUUUAUUUAAAAACCUACGCUUCCACUCACUGGGUUGUAACCGAAAAUGGACGUAUACAAUCACAUUUGGAUUCUCCAUUCCAUCUUCGACGUCCCUACGAUCUCAUCGCUUUAUUGGACCAAGAAACCCGUAGAAUUGAUAUAACGACUCUAUAUAAAGAUUUAGUUGACAGAAAAAAUGUAAUAGACCAAAAAUGGUCGGGUCUAGAGGGUGCUUCGGAUUUGGAGACCCGUGUCUACUCCCAAGACCCGGACUGCUCUAGGGCAGGUAAACUAUUGAGCGAGAUCGACUUGUACUCCAGCAUCGGCUCUAACGGUAGUAGCAGAACAGAUGUGACUUUGGGUAUUCUGUACGAAAACGAAUCUACCGAUUAUUCUGCACCUGACUGUACAAAUUAUGCCGAGCUCGAUUAUAGCAUGUUUGCAUUUGAGCAUUUGCAUGCAAUGGUUAAUAGAAAUGCUAUUAGCAUUGUACCCGAGACUGAUUUGGAGUAUUUAUUACCUGUUUCAUCGAUUGAUACAUUUGGACAUUAUAUUGGUUUAAGUUUGUCCAAGAACAGUUCAUCUUGGUUUCAUUAUAAUUUAGGGGUGCUGUACUGGAGAAUACUUGGGGAUGCACCAAGAGCAAUUGAGUGCGGUAGAAGAGCUCUUCAUUACUCCCCCAGGGAAUACAAGGACAUUCCAUUACUGAACCUAGCAGGGAUCUUUCAUCAAGCUCGGUAUCCAAAGGAUGCUGCAAUUUUAUUGCACGCAGCCGUCGAGCAUGCGCCGUUUCAAGCUACUAACUACAUUGCCUUAGGUAAUGUGUACGCAGUUUUGUCGGAUUAUAAUCGAUCAGUAGCUUGUUAUGACAACGUUCUGAAGUUACAACCUGAUCUCGAAGAUGUUGCCACCACAAAGUAUGCCACCCUGUGCCAUAAAAGAUUAGAUAGUGGCUUACUGCAGCUGCAUGAAUCGUUGCAAGGAAUUCUAUCGGAUUUGCACAAUUAUCAUAGCCAACAGCAGCAAUGGUUAAGGUUGCAGGAACGGCUAAUGUGGGAGCAAGCUCCAUUUGAAGCGCAAUUGAUCGGUUACAGCUCAGAAAAAUUAAGUGCCAUAUUGGCUAAUAGAGGGCAGCGUUGCAUACAACGCACAUCGGAGAAUUCAAAACCAACCAUCACAUGCGACUUUACCGACCAUCAAGCGGUUACAAAUUUACAAGUCGACGUCACUUUAAAUUUGCAGAGACUAUUACGCAAUGUCGAAAGUGAGACGCAGAAAAUUAACGAACAAAUGGCCCGUAAUAAAAGGCGACCGUUUUUAAAUCCAGUUAAGGACGAAUCUCAAAAAGGUGCACCAAAUGUUCAAAACAACUUGGGAACGCCUCCACUUUUACAUCCUACAUAUCCGACCACUCAUUUUACCUCUUCAGAUUUAUACUUUGACGAAACCGGAUGGCCUAGCAGAGACGAAUGUAUGAAUUGGAACUUACCGCUAGGUGAAAGCGACGACUUGGAUAUUCCCGUGUUUCUGCCGCCCGAAAACAAAGGAUUUCAAGUAACAAAAAUGCUAACAAGCUAUAUAGGGUUACCGACAGGUACGGAACACAAAUUACCUUGGUAUCCGCCAAUCUGCGAGCAUCCCGAUAAGGACGUGGAGAAGCUGUAUCUUCCAUCCUUCUUGCGACAAGUUGCGAGUUCUAAUUUGAAAAGCCAUCCUCUUCUUCAGCAACAUUUUUUAAGUUACAUUAGUGAUGGCAAAGCUGAGGAAUCGGAAAUAGGACAAAGAAUAAUUACGGCCAUGCAGAAGGUACGUAUUGGUGUGAAUCACUACCCUCUAUUCUUUAGUUGAAAAUUAAUGAAAUGG